AUGGCACCCCCGCGACAGCAGCGGACGGCUACAGUAGUCGAUGACUCGAGAUCAGAAGCAUCCAGCGGUCCCAGAGAACCCAAAAUGACGACAGGAAAGGGUCGCAAGGGAGCAAAUGGGACGAAUUCAUCAUCAAGAGUGGACGGGAGAGCUUCAGCGGUUGUCAAUGCUGCGAAUGCGAAUGUGACCAGUGCCCCCGCUCAACAACAAUCACUGGAGGAAUUGCCGAAUAUCCCCUGGUCCGACAUGCCCCUCGACAUCCUCCACUCCUACCGCCACGCCUACAGCCUUCCCAUCCCAAGCGCCUACUCCAAAACCUACUCGCACAUCCUCCUCUCGCAAGGCAUCGGCCUCCGAUCACCAACCUCACUAGCCGUCCAACGCUCCCAGAUCCUUGCGCAGCAUCCGCACCCGCAACCGCACCGCCCGCAACCCGCCUCUUCCUCUUCUUCCUCGGCUAUGACCAAUGGCAUCAUCCACCGCAACCACAACCACAACCGCAACCAUAACCACAGCUCCCGAAAGCAUAACAGCGGUUCUCCGUAUCAUGAGAAAAAUGCGCUUAAUCGGAUAAUCGGUCAGAGUCGGGUGAGCAAGGAGCAGCUUGCGUUGGCGGUGCGCAAACAUUUCAAUAGUGCCGGGCUGGCGGAGCAGGAGACUAUUGCGAGGUUUCUGUACAAGGUCCGUGAGGAGGGGAAGGGGAGGCAGUUUCGGUUGAGGUUUCAGCCUUAG